UAGCAGAUUCCCUUUACCGCUGUCUCUUUUUCCUCACACAGCAUGGAUCCUUUCUACAACUUUAUUUCGGUGUUUUAGAGUUGGUUUGUGUUUGGCUUUGAGAAUAAGGGACUUCGUUACCUCUUCUGGACACGAUGUUUACCACCACCGGCUCUCGGGGGCUGUACAAGGCUCCUCUGUCUAAAGGCCUCCUGCUGGUUCUUAAUUGUCUGACUGUGAUGCUCACCCUGCUGCCUCAGUACCAGGAGCUGUUCGUAUACACUCUGCAGGUCACACAGCACCAGGUGUGGAGGUUGUUGUUUGGCAGGCUCUGUCUGGACGUGAAGGACGCCUUCUGUAGCAGCCUGCUCAUCUACAACUUCAGAAUCUUUGAGAGGAGGUUUGGAACCAGGAAGUUCGCUUCCUUCCUGUUUGGCACGUGGGUUCUCUCUGCGCUGAUGGACUUCCUGCGUCAGGCUUUCCAGCUUCUGUUUGACUAUGAGGUGGAGGAACUGCCCGCAGGACUGAUCGCUCCGGUCUUCUCUCUGUUCGUGCCUUUCUACCGGCUGAUCCCCAGCAUGCCGGUCACCCAGGUCCUGGGCCACAUCCACAUCACCAACAAGUCUCUGGUCUACAUAGUAGGCUUGCAGCUGUUGACGUCCGGUCCCUUCAUGUGGCUCGUUGCACUCAGUGGACUUAUCUCAGGCGGACUGUACCACUCCAAUUUCCUGUGGCUGGUCUUGUAUUGGGCGCAUCCAGCCUCCCAGCCGAGCAGUGAGACCCCUGUGGGGAUGGGGGCCACUCUGGACAUCCAGAGGCAGCAGAGGAUGGACAUUCUGGACCAGCAGCUGAUGUUGGCCCAAUACAACGAGUCCACGAGGAACACCAGGCCACAGCCGCAGCCACAGCCUGGGUUCUUACAGUGGACCAGGUUGUUCCCCUCCCUCAGGCAGAGAGGACCGAACCGCCCCCCGAUGCAGCCCCGCCCCCGCUGAGGCUCCCCCUCCACACAGUCUCCGCUGCUGGACAACUCUCCUGUGGCCGAGGAGCAGGUGGGCGUUCAUCUCUGUGUUUCUGCCUCGACUGCAUUUUCAUCAUCUGAUUCUGACAAAGCAUCUUUUUAAAGUCUGACCUGCCGAAUCAGAAAAUGUUGCGUGCAUGCAUGCCCGGCGUUAGUUACUGCCACUGGCGAUUUUAUGCGCACGAUCAAACCAUCAUUAAUUAGUAA